AUGGCUAAGAAGGCGCGCCAAAGGAUCAGCUAUGUCCUCGAGCUUCCCGCUGGUUCCCAAGGUGGCGGCCACAGGCUAGGCGUCAAUGGUCUCGCCGUCGACAAGGACCAUGCCAUCCUUUACUCGGGAGCCCGCGAUGGCUACAUCUGCGCAUGGGACCUCAACCUGAACCUCCACGGCGGCGGCAGCGCGCCCCCCUCCGACACCAAGACCAAGACCACCUUCCGCUCCCAAACCCAGGCGCACAUGGCCUGGAUCAACGAUAUUGUCCUCGCAAACAACAACUCGGCCGUCGUUACCGCCUCCAACGACCUGACCGUCAAGGUCUGGCGCCCACACUCCGAGACGGACCAUAUCCCCGCCACCAUCGGAGAGCACGCCGACUACGUCAAGUGUGUCGCAACCCCGCCCGGCGGCUCCGUCAACUGGGUCGCUUCCGGCGGCUUCGACCGCAAGAUAUACCUGUGGGACCUGAAUGGAGGCGGCAAGACGCUCGAGAUCGACACCCGGGGAGACGAGAUUGCCGAGAAAGGCUCCGUCUAUGCUCUGAGCGUCGGUCACAACAUCAUGGCCAACGGCGGCCCCGAGUCUGUUGUCCGUCUGUGGGACCCCCGCUCCGGCAAGAGGGUUACCAAGUUCGUCGGCCACACAGACAACGUGCGCGGCGUCUUGCUCAACGAGGCCGGCGACAAGGUCCUGACCGCCAGCUCCGACCACACAAUCAAGCUCUGGAGUGUCACCGCUGGUCGCUGCAUGUACACCUUCACCAUGCACGAGGACAGCGUCUGGUCGCUGUUCUCGGACGACCCCGAGCUGGGCACCUUCUACAGCAGCGACCGCUCUGGCUUCGUCGUCAAGACGGAUGUGCGAGGGAGACACGAAGACCUGGACGAGGGACUCUCCGUCGCCGUGGCCCACGAGUCUCAUUCUAUCAGCAAGGUCGUGGCCGCAGGCGACUAUAUCUGGACCGCCACCAAUACCUCGUCCAUCAACCGCUGGUCCAAUGUCGACACAGGUCCCAGUCUACAGCUCCCCGAGGCUUUCAGACGCCAACGCGCAGCAUCCACAGCUUCGAGGCCCAGGCAGCCGUCGAAUCCUCCGCCUGCAAACUCACCAAAGAAGGAGAUCUCUCCCAGGUCCAUCUUGAGGAUCUCCAACACGGCCGCAUUCCCCAUCCAGACCAACUCCGGCCCGGACUCCCCUCCUGCCACUGGCCACUCCGUGCCCCAAGCAACCGAGCCCAUCAACCUGAACCCGGAGGAAACGAUUGAAGGCCAGUUCGGUCUCGUCAAGCACAGGCUCUUGAACGAUAGGAGGAGGGUCCUGACGCUAGACACGGCCGGCGAUGUUCUCCUGUGGGAUCUCAUCAAGUGCCAACCGAUUCAAAAAUUCUCCAAGAGGCAUCUUGAGGACGUUGAGCCAGAAGUCAACACCCUCGAGGCAGUGGCACCAUGGUGCUCCAUCGAUAUCAGCUCGGGAAGCUUGACCGUGGUCCUGGAACCGUUCAACUGCUUCGACGCAGAGAUGUAUGCGGACGACCUGGAGUUGGAAGAGCCCGUAGAGUUCCGGGAAGACCAGAGGAUCAACCUUGGCAAAUGGAUCCUUCGUUAUUUGUUUUCCGGCUUGAUCGACGAAGAAAUCAAGAGAGACGAGGCGUACCGCCAGACGCUCAACGAGUCCGUGGAGCGGAGACUGGCGGCAAGCCGUGCGAACCCCCCAUCAUCAAUUACUAUUCCCGAAGGCGGCUCCUGGGACGAGAACGCGGGAACGACCCCGCGAGCCAACGGCUCCCACCAUCCCAUGACGCCCGGCAUGGCUAUCGGCCUGGCAACCCCUGGCACUUCUAGCAAGCUUCAGGACGUGCCGGAAGGGUUGGCGACGCCUACUAGCCCGCUCGACAACAAGUCGUCUCAGCUCAGCCGGCCUUCGAGUGAGAAGGAGGACUACUUCACCAGUGCCAUCGGGCCCAUUGAGGGUGCUUCGAAACCCACAGCUGCGUCGGCGACACCUGCUGAGCAGACGGCUCCUGCCGAGUCCAAAGCCAAUGCGGACGCGGGCAAAGAUAAGGAAAAGGAGAAGGACAAGGAUGCCGCCAACGGAAAGCCCCCUAGCACGCCAUUUGGUAAAAAGAAGUUCCGCAUGAACAUGUCAUUUGGGAGCAAAAAGAUUGGAAGAUCUGCUUCGACAACCGCUCCGGAGAAGCCUGUCGUGGUGGACGAGAAGGCUGAGGAGUCGGAGGAGUCAUCGACACACGAGAAGGAGGUGGACGACAGUUUCUUGGGCGCCAUCCAGAAGAUUCGCAACGACUACGAUAAGUCACUAACAGACAACCCCGAUAAGCUAAUUGAGACCAAAGUCACUCCAAGCUUGGCAAACGACACGCCGGUGCUCAAGCUGCCACCCGGUACAAAAGUUGUGCUCCAGGAAGAGACGACUGGUGGCAGCGCCAACAUUUACCAAGGCACCGUGGAGACUGUAGGAAAGGGCGCGGACAUUAUUGAACAGCGAGGUCCCAUGUGGUUGGGGGAGGUUCUUCUCACGAACCAGAUUCCUUUCAAGGAGCCAAUCAAGGUCUCGUUCGUGCUUCAGCCGUGGCAGAACAGCCUGCCCGACAUCGCAACGACGGACGGCAACAACCGCCUCAACGCUAAUAGGAUGCUGCGGGUGAAGAAGAUUCUGGCCUACGUUGCUGAGCGGAUCGACCCCCAACCCGAAAAUCCGGAGCCGGAUGCGCUCCUGCCUCACGAGUACUUGGAACUGUACUGCAACGACCAGCUCCUCCCGAUCACCAUGACACUUGCGACCCUGCGAGCCCACAUCUGGAAGGGCGGUAACGACGUCCAGCUCCAGUACAAGGCAAACGGCCGCAAGCAGAUCCCAAACCCGCCGCCCGAGCCCCAGGCCGUGGAAUCGGAUGCGGCUCCCUCGCAAGGCACCGCGACGCCCCCCCAGGCGACAGUAUAG